GCCGCCAGAGAUCCGAUACAAUUAUAAAUAUGUGGUUUGGAAAUUCGAAUUCAGCGACAUUGAAUUCCUACUUAUAGUUUAACGCAUACUUACCAUGGCCGACUUGCAGGAAAUUGCUGUAAUCGGAGGGACUGGUGCCCAAGGGAUGCCUGUGGUCAAAGCCCUAUCCGCAAGCGGUCGAUAUCGCGUUCGAGUUCUGACCCGAAAUCCCGAUUCUGCUCGUGCACGCAAGCUCGCCGGCCUCCCUAAUGUGACUUUGCUUCAAGGUGCCCAGGAUAACCAGCGAGACCUACAUAGUCUCUUCCGAGGUGUCCAUGGAGCUUGGGUCAACACGGACGGGUUCACUCUGGGUGAGAAGGACGAGCUGUUCUACGGAUUCCGAGCCUAUGAGAUUGCAAGGUCUGAACGGGUACAGCACUAUGUCUGGGCCAACAUCGAAUACGCCCUGGGUGUUGCAAACUUCGACGAAAAGUACCAUUGUGGCCACAUGGACUCUAAAGGAAGAGUUGGCAAAUUUAUCCUCGCCUUGGGGCAAGGCGGCAUGAAGAGCACCCUUUUCAGUACUGGUCCCUACAUGGACAUGCUCAUGGACGGGAUGUUCGUGCCUGUCGAGCAGCAGGACGGCUCGUUUAUGUGGAUCAAUCCAGCGCCCAGCGAUGUGAAGCUCCCAUUGAUAGCGCUUUGUGAUGUCGGUGCCUACAAUCUCUGGAUUUUUGACAACCCAUCCGAGUCUGCUGGCAUGGAUCUCCAAGUCAUGACAGAUAAUGUUAGCUUUGGAGAGAUCGCCAAGGUUUUCACUGAAGUCACGGGUAAACCCGCGGUUCAUAAAAGCAUCCCGUUUGAAGAAUAUGCCUCCAUUGCAGAGCCUUACCCCGGUGCGUAUGUCAACUGGGCUCUCGGCCCUGAUGCGGUUCGGGAUGACUCCGUCAUGACUUGGCGUGAAAAUUUUGGGGCCUGGUGGCGCUAUUGGGGGGGCGGCAUAACUAAAGCUCGUGACACGACAAUUCUGGACAGAAUCCAUCCUCGGCGCAUCAAGAGCCUAAAGGAUUGGAUGAAGUAUGUCGACUAUGAUGGUAAACGGAAGAGCGUCCUGAAAAUGGUCGAAGACUUGAGUUUAAAGAACGGGAGAUCAUCGGACAAGUGAACCCAUUUGAAGCCAGUGGUGAUUAUGUUUACUACUGAUUAGCAAGCUGCCAAUCACUUAAUAUGCUGUUCUGCGUGAAAUUCAAAAAGAAGUUGUAAUUUGAUGUAACCGUCAAAGCAAUGUAUGGUACACAGACAUGUUACCACGGCAAGACUGGUAUAGUCCAAUACACGUUGCUUCCUGCUUCGCCAACAUGCACGCCAAUGAGAACAUUUACCAGUGUACUUCCAUGUUGGCGCCGGAAGCCAGCCCACGAC